UAGAAUAGCACUGGCUCGGAGAGCUGCUCUCGCAUCGUGUGCUCGUUUCAUCCCUUUCGCGCGCGCGCUUUUCAAAAAAACAUACAAAAAACACAAACUUUGCGGCGUUCUUUUUGCCACCAGCGAUAACAUACUCUAAUUGAAUGUUCAAACAUUAAAAAUCGUCAUAUCCGUACAGAUCAAUCGGUGAGGAUUAAUAUAACAACGAAACUCUUAGGCAGUGAUCAACCAAUUGCAAAUCAACAUCUUGAUGUGAUUGCCAAUUAAAUUUCCACGUCUCGCGCCCAAUUAAAGUGAGCAGUGAACUAAUCACCGGCAGUGCGCAUUUCUUCGUAUCCAGCUGCAGUGUAAGCAGCAAUUAAGUUUUGUGAUUGAACUUCAGGUUCAGGCAUCACAAAACGGGUGUCUAAGUUUUAUUGGUGUGUGUGUGUGCGCGCACAAGCUCGCGAUCGUUUGCAUAAAUGAAUAACAACGGCACAACGAUGUCUGACUAUGAACGCAUCCGCCUGGUGAUUCUAGGCGGUGCAGGUGUUGGCAAAAGCUGCAUUGUCAAGCGUUUUCUUACCAAUACCUACUCGGAUAAGUACCGCAGUACAGUCGAGGACUUAUACAACCGUGAAUAUGAUCUUGGGCACAUGACUCUGAAGGUGGAUAUAUUGGAUACGGCUGGAGAUAUGCAGUUUCCUGCAAUGCGGCGAUUGUGUAUGGCUACCGCGCAUGCGUUUUUGUUGGUUUACGCUGUCACAUCAGCGCCAUCUUUUACAUGCGUCAAGCAGUGUUUUGAGGAAAUUCGGGAAGCGCGGGCUGAUUUUCAAGAAAUACCGAUUGUCGUCGCUGGAAAUAAGCUGGAUCUUACUUCUACACACAGAGAGGUUAGGAUUGAAGAUGUCAGCGAGUGGGUUUUCUGUGAAUUACCAAAAUUGAGAGUAAAAGUGUUGGAAUGCUCUGCUAAAGAUGAUAUUAACAUCAAAGAAAUUUUCCGUACUUUCCUCACCCUCUCCCGGAUACUUCCCCGAGACGCCGACGACAGUGGCGGGUUGAAAAGAAGAUCGAGCGCAUAUUUAUCUUCAUCCAAAGGUAACCGUCGGACGGUGAGUCCUGCACCUGAUCGCGCUGGAGGCGAAAGCAGCGGUAGUCAAGAACCGUCACGAGCCAAGCCACGCUCCAGGUCGCUGAUACGACGCGCUAGUCGUAAGACUAAACAGCAGAUUCGUGAUGCACACAGCGCCGUCGAAGAGUGCAACGUUUCGUAGACAGCGACACACUGCACAUGCGCCCUAGCCCAAAACAAGAAAACGCCCCGACCACGUUUGCUCCAUCGAUGACGCUUACUCGUUUAUUAAGCUACACGUGUACAAGAAAAUUACAGUAAAUUAACUUAGCGCUAAGUAAGCAGUAAGUAAGUAAGUACCUACACGUAAUACUCGUUAGGAAUUUAGGGUAUAAGAGGGUGAAAGUUAGCUGCCUGACAAACAAGAUUAAAAUUUUCGAACAAAAAACACAACACAGAAAUAAUUUUGCCGCGGAAGAAAAUCAUUAAAAACUUUUCCAGAAUAAAUAUUCUUAGAAAUGAUCUCGAAAAAUGCUGCAAACAAAGUGCAUGCGGAAGUAAUCAGAGUGAACAACUUAAAUGGCGCACUUACAUCAGACGCGAAUGAGAAUUAAGGUAAAACUUGAGAAAAAGCAAGCAAUUCUUUUGUUUUCUUUUAAAGCUUUGAGAAAAGUCGUUAGUAAGCCUGAGUGGCAUCGCGAGGCAUGAACAAAAGUGCAUUGUGGAUUGUCAUUAAUUUUUAUUAGUAUUCCUACGUCUUUAAUGGUAAUAUUUUAGUUUGAAGCUUUUAGAGCGAAAAUUGCUUGCUAUAAACGACUUUUUUCCUCAAACGCAGCAAGAUGUGUCAAGUGACGAAAACGAAUUGACUUUUUUUCCAUCGCGACCUUUACUUUUGUAAAUUUUUUACUUCAUGCGACAUUUUCAUCUCAAUUCUUUUUGUAAGACGUCAAAAAUUAAUUCAGGAACUUUUUGCGGCUUCAGUUCACCGCAGGCAUUUAUUGGAACAAAACGAAUCGAUGAAAAUAAGUAUAAGUGGUAUCAGGUUUGGAAGCGUAGCGAAAACAAAACGUUGGUAAACACACCUCGGUUUUAUUUGCGCACAAAUUCGACGAGGCGAAAGAAAACACGCAAGAUUACGCUACGUCGUUGUUCACACUGAUACUACAACCUAAUCGGAUCAAUCGUAGCGUGCGCAACCAACAUCUCUAUUAUUAUCUAGAAUUACUGAUAUCGGCGAUUACAUUCGUGCGCACUUGGUAUUUGGAGCAUUCACUAAAACCACCUAAACUGUAAUCAGGAACCAAAUCAAGAACGAUAGCACUAUUGUUAUUUAAACACAAAGAAAUUAGAGUAUUGCAUAAUCGUGUGAACGACGCUCAUCGCUAAAUUUAAAUCUGUGACUUAGUGCGAAUAACAUUAAUGUGUUAACUUGCAUUAGUGUACAAUAAAUAUUUAAAUAUAGAAAGAUUUAGUUCAAUAUGAGUAUAUAACCAAAAUUCAAAGAUUAAAGUUAAAUAUUUUGUAAAUAUAAAAAUUAUAAUCAUGUUGAAACUAACUUUUAACAUGUAGAAAUCCAGAAAUUACAUGAUUAUGAAUAUAAAUAGCAACCACGUACGUCCAGUUUAAAGAUAACAUUUUAAUUAAUUAAUUUUUUAUGAUUAUUUUUACAGAGGAGAUUCGUUAAGACUAACAAGGAAAAGAAAAGUUAAAAAAUUCACUCAUAACAUAACCUAACUUGAGUUAACCUAACUUUAAAGUGUUACAAUUGACGAAUCUCCUUCACUUUUGAAGGCUUUCAUUACAAAGCUUUAUGAUCUGUCUGUAGGUGCAUAUUGUACAUAGUAGUGGUUACAAUAAUUAAUGUAAACUAUAAAUAUUCACUUAUUAUCCUUGAUUUGUACUUACAAACCAUAAUAAUCUACACAAAUUGCAAGUAACUGGUAGGAAUUGAUUUGUAUUAAACUAUAACACUUAAACUAAUAACUAUAACACAAAACACACACAUAGAAACGAAUUUUCUCUUGGUGUGACCUUUAUCAAUAUAUAAUCAACUAAUAGAAGCGAUUUGUUUUCGAUGUACAUUGAUUUGCAAGUAAAUACUUGAAUAAUAAUCAAAAUGAAAGGCUUCAAUUCGCCGAAUAAGUUAAGCUAAACUUUAAUUCUUGUUUUAGCGUAGUCUUUAGCCCAUAGCGCAAUAUAAACUAAUCUAAUAUAUUAAUGAUAGAGUGUGUUCUGUUGUUGAUGAAAAUCAAUUAAGAUGAAUCACGUUCAGUCGCUUGCAACAUGAGGAAAAAAAACUUUGCGUGCAUUGAGUAAAUGAGUAGAUACGUAAUAAGUUUAUAAGGGAAUGAAUGUGAGCGAGCGAGCACGUAGCGUGGCGUUUAGCUCCCGCCUGGAGCAUAGGGCGGUUUCCCUUGACGCUUAUUAAUAAAUCUUUAUGACUGUCCCGCAUUUCUAAUUAUCGCGAGUGAAUGCGGCACGUACGCAGUAAGAAAGCGCUUCUUUGAAUUUGCCAAUCAAAGCGAAAAACACUGAAUUCAAACUGGAAAUUUCCAACUUUCGACAUAAUUACGUUAGGCGUGUGCAAAUGUUUACGCUGAAAUUUAAUUUCAUGACUUUUCGGUUUUGGAAAUGUGUUUAUCGCAACAAUUUCAAAGAAACACACAAGUUGAAAUCUUAUAAUUUACUCAUAACAUCAAAAGACAUCACAAUUAUGACUGUUUAACACGAUAACCAUAUCAAUAUCAAUGGUAACUAUCGAAAAUGAUGGAAUUUUCAAAAUAAUUAAGUGUUUACACCCAAAAAUAUCCGAAUUAUCGAUGUCAAACAAUCAAAAAUAACGAAAUACUUUAGUCGGUGUUAUAACAAGCACUUAACAGCUGUAGAUGUGCAGAUUUGAUGUGAACAAGUUACCAGCAAACCUCCCCUGACUAUAAUACUGCACUUUAAUGUGUUAAUAACUCUUAAUCAAGGCGUUGAUCAAGUAUAAAGCGUAUGCAAAGUAUAAAAAAAAACGAAUUAAAUGUAACCCGGAACCACAUUUUUAUAUGUGUAAGAAUUUUAUAUAUUGCGUCAAGUCCCAAAUCAAAUUCGAUGGUGGAUAUUUUAUAUGAAUUUAAUAAAAAAGAUUCCUACAUGAGGCGUACUCGUAUUUAGUUCUGUAGCGUUUAGCGAGUUAAAAAUGUAAACGUUAGUUGAAAAAAAAAACAAGCAAAAAACAAAAUAAGGAGAACGAGAUUGAACAAAAACAAAAAAUUUAAUGGUGUAUAAGGUGUGGCGUUGAUAUUGACGAUGUAUUAACAUAAAAUACGCUUAAAUAUAUUAUAAAAAUUGUUUAUACAUAAUUUACGAGUAUUAUAUACCUUAUAUUAAUACCUGUAUAUGAUAGUAAUUUAUAUCGAUAUAAAGUAUUAUAAAUAUAAAUGUAAAUUUAGCAGGGUGUAUCACCGACUGAGAGUGUCUUUAAUUUUGUUACAGUAUUUUUAUUUGUGUUGUGAAAUCAAAACAAAAAAAAAUCUGCAUAUUUAAGGAAAUAGUUUUGAAAUCAAUGUUUGAGUUGUGGUAUAAGUGCCGAGCGCGUCAUUCCAUCGUUACCAAAUAGUCGUGAAUAAAGUAUUAUACGCAUGGAAUAUAUUUAUAAUAAAUUAAAUCAAACAUAACAUUGUAUAAUCGAUGAAAGACGCCAAGUGAUGAUAAAUAAAAAUAAAAUUAUAUAAAAAUCAAAACAA